GUGACGAGGGAAAAAAACAGCAGAAGAGGGGAAGAAUAAAAAACCGCAGGAACCGCAGAGCGGAGCUCUCUCGCGCACGCCGAGUACGGUCGGUCGACUAAAGGUAGCAACACUUUUCCUCGAUGAGUUCCGUAACGCAUCCCGUAUCCGACGGGGCAAUUUUUUGUCCUUUUAGCAAUUCUCAGGAGAUACGUUUUCCUAUUGUGCACGGGACGCGUUGCGAAACUCGUCGAGGGAGAGCGUCGCUACACUUAAGGGGAUGCCACACGGGGAAACUUUACCGACGGAACACUGCGGAAGUUCGCAUUCGGUUGUGCCGAAUCACAAAUGCCUUUGCGCGCGAUAAAAGCACGUGCAAAAAUGACUGGGAGCAUUGCUCAGUGUGCGACGGGGAGCGAUAAAAAAUUUUGAAAUUGACAUCUCGAGCUGUCAGUCGGCGUAACUGCUUGAUAUAAAAGUCCCGCGACUUGCAUGUACCGCGCAUGUGUUUUCUCCACCAACGAGAAUUUCGAGGAACAUUUCCUGUAUCUUUACGACUGAACUUGGAGGGAAAAGCUCGAAAAUUUACGAGUAGUCUGCAGAAAGAUUUCUGUAAGAUGUCUGUAGAAAGAGAUGUACAAAGAUACGCGUGGUUACAUUCUCUGCCAGCAUGACGAAACAAAGCAGCACCCAUCCUUAAAAUAAGAUCUAUAUGUACAUAUAGAAAUACGAAAUAAGAAAUACGAAAAGCAUCGUGUUGAUGACGAUCGUGUUUAUUUUAUUGACAUUUUUGAAGUUCGUCAUUCGCUUCCCCCUUAAUCAGUCGACUCCGCACACUCAUUGUGUACACACGACGUUAUGGAUGCCCGAACAUUUCCUAGAUAAACUCUCUUAAAAUAAAUCAGUCAAACAUCAAUGAAAACAGUGAAUAUACACUGAUUGCAGUUAUAAAUAUAGCACUGAAAGUGCUCAGUGUCAUAACUGAUAUCAGUGACUAUUCACUGAUUCACUUUAAGAGAGAAGAGUUGCAGGAUUUUCGGCUUUAUACGUUUAUACAAUAGAAAUCGUUAUAAUUAUUAGAAUAUUUGUUAGAAUUAAUUAUAAUCCUAUCAUUAUAAUCAGAGUUACUUCUACGAUUUUCAAUCUUAAAUAUUAUGCAUAAGACUGAAAGUCGUAUAACCUUCUCGAUUUAGCAAAUAUUCGGGCAUCCGUAUAUACGCAUGCAGCGAAGGUGCGCGAGGUGGGAAAUGACAGUUUAUUAAAUUAGAGUCACCAUGGCGACCGGUGGUCAAGGAAGUAAGUGGCCGCGGGUAGUCGAAGUCCGAGUGUGACGGCGCAUUUAGCGGUCAAUUGACGACGGUUCUGGUUGCGACGACAACGACGACGACGAGACAAAAUAUAACGAUACCUCGCGUGACGUAACGCGGGCAGACCGAUGCGGUUCUCUCGUAAAUGCGAUCUUAUCCCCGGGAGAUGUAACAAUCGCGUGUCUCGUCGAUCAGGUCGAUCGCGUAUAUCCAGACAAACACACACACACAUACACAAACGAGUAUAUAUUCAUGCGCGAUCGCACGUGCGACCCGAUGAAAAAUCGUCACCCUUCCCGCAGCGCGCGCCAGAUGUAGACGUCCCACGAUCGAUCGACGUGUGAAAACCGGCUCGAUUCGUCGAUCGACGGCCAGUUCGUGAUCGUUGGUGUUAGUGACUUGUUGACAAACGUCGGCGAUCGCGAGUAUGCCGACGUAGUAGCGUUAUCGGCUGGCAGCUCGUCGUCGGAAGUUAAUCUCACGGUAUUUUCAACGUGGUAAAAUCUGCACGAGUCUCACGUCGAUUGGGAAACGUCAAGAAUCGCCGGGCGAUGUUUUAUCUGGACAGAAGAGGCGACGCCACCACCGCUACCAUCGCCGCCGCAAAAUAUGACUCGCCGCCGUCCAAUGGAGAAGAGAAUUUCGGCUGGUGGUUGAACCAUUGGAAACUGACAGUAUCGCCUGGAUCACGCCACGACAGGGACCAUCGAUCAUCCGGAUCGUCCGCGUCGAUGUUGUUCUGCAUCGAUUCGGACGACUCCAACGGCUGUAUCUAUGCGCAGGAACCAUUGGACGGUCGGCAGGGCGAAACGUGCGAAAAAAUCGAGCUCCGUACGUUCACGCAGGAUGAUCUAGAUAUCGAGCUGAUCGAGAGCGACGCUGGAGAAUCGGACAGUUGGCCCACGACCGUAACCGACGACGAGUAUGACGCAAGAAACGAAUCGAAAGCGUCCAAGACCGCCCGCUGCAGCCCGGGAAAACUGAUUCGAUGUCAAGAGUACCGGAUACCCGCGCCGUCCUCCCGGUGCUCGUCGCGGGUGAGACACGCGCCGAUGAUCGGAGGUUGCCGGGCACGCUUGAGCUGCAGCCUCAUCGAUUCCGAACGUAUCGAUGGGACGCAGCCAAGGACGACUCUGAAGCCACCGUGCACACGUACGAGGAUGUACGCGACUUCCUCGCCCGUCAUCGCGAAUUCACGUCAUACUGACAAUGGUUUCGCCACGGAGACGAGACCGAGCGAGAAUCUCACGGCCGAUCAAGAGCGCCGUGAGCAAAGUACAGAGACGGUCAGCAGCAGCAGGUCGAGCUACGACAAGCUGAAUUCCAUCUGGGACGACUGCCACGAGCCGGAUGCACAUCUGUAUUCCUUGGAGGACACUUCUGGCAUACAAAGCAACGACUGCAGUUCGGACAAGCAGAGCGACACACCGAUGAGUCUCUGCGACGAGUUGGCGAUCGCAUCGAAGGACCUUGUGGACGAUUAUGCAAACAACCGAGGCACCGCCAUCAACGAAGUGGCGUCUAUUCUCGAGAGUCUUCAGAACGAUCCCGAAAAGGCGACGGUUCUGUUGGAGGAGGAGGAUCGAUUCUGCGACUGCAGGUCCUCUCACAACCAAUUAGUCAGGCUAGCUCUGGCUAUAGAAACGGACGCGGAGGAAGUACCAGCGAUCCCCGAUGAUCCGAAUAAUUGGGUGCGCCAGCUACGCGAUAAGAUAGAACGGCUGCAGCACGGCCACAAAGAGAUCCGCGGUGACAUACGCGGUUUACACGGGGACUUUCAACACGACGAGAGUAGAAUCAGCGACGUGUCGGACGACACGGCGAAGCUGCGGGGUCAGAUUCGCGAGCUGCGAUGUCUCGAUGAUUUGUUAACGCUCAUACAGGGCGAACUCGCCAAGAUGUCCAGGAGAAGUUGGCCGUUCGUUCUGGGAAACAGCGAGCCGCGCGAACAAGUCAAUUUGAUCGUUUGAUCAUGAGCGCGAGGAUGAACGAACGAAUGAAUCGUCGCCGGAUCUCGUGAAUAGUCGAUGCGGAGGACACGAGGAUCUCCUUCGCGGGCCAGGAGCGCAGAGUGGCAGGACGAAUCUCGUGAAUAGUCGAUAGAUGCGAAGGAUACAAAGAGGUGCGCGAGUGACAGGACGCGACGGCAUUUGCGGUUUCGUCUCCCCGAUUUGUUCGAAAAGGUUUUCUCUUUCUCUCUUCUUCGGCCCGAUGACUGAAAUCUCUCUCCUCCGAGAAGAGAAGAGUCCAAUAAAGAAGUCCGCCGAAGUGACACGUAAGUAACUGAACAAUUAGCACAAAAGCUCGACCGGUGAGUGUCCCGAAGUAGUGAGCUGAACGAAACGAUUUCUCGACUCCGACAUUGCUCGCUAGGAAAUCGAAACGUACGAUUUAAUAAUACGCGAUACUUUAUCGAGCACCGCUCUAAUCUAAUACAUAUUGAAACUUUCGCGGUGCGCUUCCAAUAAAUCGGUAUCGCGCGCGCGCGCGACAUUUCCUCCGCGCGUAAGUUUGCGAGAAACUCGGGCAAGAUAGAAAUCCGCGCAUCCGUCCGAGAGAAGAAGCCGCGUCGACCGAGUCACGUCACUGUGAAUAAAGAUAUUGGCUGAUAGCAUAUUUUAUUACUAAAGAAUUUAUUAUUUAUACGUCGCAUAUAUUUGAAUUCAUGUACACACAGCACCGAGUAAAAAAUUCCUAAUACGAUACAUUCGUGUCUACAUUCGUCGCUUUUACGCUCGUUCGCUCUCUCUUUCUCUCUCUCUCCCCUCUCUCACAUUGUUCUCGCCGCAAUCUUAAUGUACAAGUCCGUGAACUAUCAAGUAUAUCGCGCCAAGUCACUCAUUCUCUCUGUCUCUCUUCUCCCCUCUCUCUCUCUCUCUCUUGCGCGUUCUCUCUUUUUCUCCGUCUCUCAAGCUAACAACGUAAGUUAAUCCGCAAAAUACUCUAAACGCAUUUCAUACGAUCUACCCAAUGCUCGACUAAAUACUGUCGCCCCUCGAUUCUCCCGCAUAGAACGCAAAAGCUUACAAACGCGUCGCGCUUUCUCUCGCGAGGCACCGCUAUAUGUAAAAAAACAAGCCGAGAAUCACGACGCUCAAACGAACCGUCGUCGUCUUCGUCCACGUGGACGCGUCGCGCAAUUAAGUGACGUCGGUGCGUUGCAUGUGCCGGACAUGCUGCCUCGAGGAGUCGUGAUAGGCGAUCCCGGCGCGCAGCAUCUCCCCGUGCCGGAACACAUCGUGCGACGCGGAGAAGGACGGCAAGGUGGGCAAUGACGGUAAGAGGCAGCUUAGCAUGCUCGCGCCGCCGUCCGAGGAGUAGAUCCCGUUGCUGGGAGGUACCAUGGACGUGCCGCACGUCGUUGAGGCCGAUCCCGGUAGGAUAUGCCCGUUCUGAUCGGCGGAGCUCAGCAGACUUGAGCUCGGGGCCAUCAGGUUUCCUACGGAUAUGGAAGACAUCAAAAUAUAAAAGGACUUGCUGAUGUAACAAACAAGAUAUUUGGAGUACUGUUUGUGAUUUUUUUUAUUCACGCACGUUCCAACGCGCCGGGCUGGCGACAGAGAUCUCGCGCGAAACAAGUUAGGAAGCAGUCAGAGCUGCCAGCUAAUUUCAGAAAUGAAAUUCUUCGAGAAGGAAGAGAACUAUAUCGCGCACAUGUCUCUAAUUAUGCUCUUGCACGGCAGUUUUACUUUAAAACCGAUUUAGUAACAUUUACAGAUACCAUAGUCUACGUUUACAUGACCAACGUAACGUCGAUUUGACUAUACUUGAUGUUGCAACUAUCAACCUUCAUAAGCCACUAUGGUAGAGUGUGGCGAGAGUUUCAUAUUUUUUACCAAUUACCAACUGUGGCAUAUAUAAAAAAGUUUUACUUCAAACAGUAAAAGUCGCAUAAGAGUCGUAUAAGUCGUUAAUAUUACAUGUCGUAUGAUAAUGUGGACAUAGAAAAAAGAUUUUUGCUGUUACAUAUGACGCUGAUGUUAAGCCAUGUAAACGUAGUUGCUCUUAUGAGAUAUUUAUCGGUACUGUUGCGUCGGUGUCAAUUGGGAAUGGAUGUCCACAUAUACUUGACACGGAAUGCACGCUUGUCAGUGUUAUUAUAUUAAUAAUAGUAUAAAAUAUUUUGUCCGCGCGUUAGCGUUGCCGCUACGAUACUUUGGAAACCAACAAGCGACGAGGAUAUUUUGUCUUCUUUUAGAAAUAAAAGCGAGUAAGAAUCGAA